CUUGAAAGAGUUGCAGGAUCUGACUUGGGAAAGUUGCUCUUUGGCUCUUUGCCAUUUUCACUGCAACAUUUCUCACAGCCCCCCCCCCUCCUGCUCUCCUGGUGAAAUUUAGCAAGAUGAACAAGUAUCUUCUCCUCAGUUUUUCUGUUCUGAUCUUCUGUGCAGUUGGUCACUGUCUAAUAUGCAACGUUUGCAAGUUUAAAGUCGGCAGUGUUUGUAUUAAUUCUGAUGAUCCCUGUCGAGCGAAGGAAGGCCAGCAGUGUGAGACGACCAAAGUUUACACAGGCAGUCUAAAGCUUUUCACGAAACAGGACUGCAGCAAAAUGACUGAACUCUGCAACAAGACCGAACAAAGGGAUGAUGUUUUUGACAUGCAUUACAAUCGCACUUGUUGUACUUUUGACUUAUGCAAUGGGGGAACGCUCAGCCAACCUAGCCUCACCCUCUUUACUGGCCUCAGCUUGGCCCUUGGUUUGUGGCUUACACGUUAACUUAUAAAUCAAAACAGCAACAAUAGUGGAAGGCUAUGCUUUUCUCACCCUGAAACAACCCUAAGACCCAAGACCCCAGUCUCUCACACGCUCAGCUCACCUCUCAUGCCUAGACAGAUGAAUUUAAAAACCCAGCAAUUGAAUACCCUCAACAUCUUAAUGUUGAUUCUACUGUAAUCAGGAAAAUUUUGUGUGGUGCAUUUUCUUGUUCAUUAAAGAUUUAAGACAA